CGGUUUUGAUAAACGAAAGAAAAGAGCGGCGGAAACAGAAGGGGUUGAAAGUACUAAGCGCGACGAUCGAGAUUGAAUGAUCGAGGUGUGUGACGAGAGAAGCAUCGUGAACGUAGUGUCAGUGGAUACGGUGGUCGUUUUAACUCGAGGAACGACGGUAGCGCCGUAAGAUAGCCGUGUUUACAGAUUCGCCAGUGAGUUCUACAACGUCACGUCAAAAAGUGCAACAAAUUUCUACCACCAUUUACUAUGUAAAGAUAAUGUAGGUAUAGUUUAAUUCAAACAAGGCCUUUAGAGUAUAAUUAUAUUUAAUGUCAGUGAAUGAGUUGGAUGGUUGUUAUUGGUGGUGCAAUUAUUGGACCAAGCGGUAUUGAGACAAUUGGAAUAUAGCAAAGAGCACACAAAAUGACGAUCGCCACAAGAGGCCAAGGAGUUGGCAUAGACCCUCCUGACAGCCAGCAAAGUACACAGAUGCAUAGUCCACCGGGUCCCCAACAAUUAGCUGACACGAUGUCAGGACUUCAACUCACAGAGAAUGUGGUACAAACAGAAUGCACCAAUGAUACCUUAACUUCAGUAGAAGAUAGCAAUCAGCUUCAUGGAGAGCCUGAUUUUCCUGUUGCAAAACUCAAUAUACUUCAUGAAAAAAUAUCUAGUCCGCGAUGGGUUGUACCAGUUCUGCCAGAACAAGAGUUAGAGUGCCUGUUACAAGCCAGUAUCGAACUUUGUAAAAAAGGAAUUGAUGUACAAAGUGAAGCGUGUCAGCGCUUUUUUCGAGAAGGACUCACGAUUUCUUUUACCAAAAUAUUGACUGAUGAUGCAGUAAGUAGUUGGAAAUUGAACAUUCAAAAUUGUAUUAGUGCAAACUGUGAGCGGUUGGUGGAUUUAUGUAUCCUGAAAUUAGAUGAGGACUGGUUUCCUCUUCUCGAUUUGCUGGCAAUGGUUUUUAAUCCUAGUAAUAAAUUUCAUACGUUUAAUGCUGCAAGAGUUUCGGAAACUGUUCCUCCAGGCAGUGAUAUUCCUGACGAACAGCUUUAUGCCCGGCCACCUCCUGAUUCGAGAAGUCCUCGUGGUUGGCUUGUGGAUCUCAUAAAUAGGUUUGGAAGUCUUAACGGAUUUGAAAUUUUGCUCUCUAGAUUUCAGAGCGGCCGAAAUUUAACAGUACCAGUUAUUUAUGCUUUAAUCAGACCGUUCGGUUUGUGUUACGAACUACUUACUGUUCACACAAUAGUUAAAUAUCUUAUGCCUAUUGUGGAAAUGGUGCCUGUAAUUUUGAAUAAUUUGACUGACGAGGAAUUAAAGAAGGAGGCGAAAAACGAAUCAAAAAACGAUGCGAUAUCAGCCAUAAUCAAAGCCUGCAAAUGUUUAGUGUCACGAGUGCCGCAUCAAGAGGAGAUGAUUAAAAAUCUAGGGAUUCUGAGACUGAAGAUGAUACUGAGACUUUUACAAAUUUCUUCAUUUAAUGGAAAAAUGAAUGCCUUAAAUGAAGUAAAUAAAGUAAUCGCCACGGUUAGUUUUUACCAACAUCGAAACGCGAUCGUUGAGGAAGAAGAAUGGCUCACUGCAGAAUGCAUGGCUAAAUGGAUAAAGGAGAACGGAGUGCUGGAAAUCGUGUUGAGGGAUUCGUUACAUCAGCCUCAAUAUGUUGAAAAGUUGGAGAAGAUUUUACGCUUUAUUAUAAAGGAACGAGCAUUAACGUUAGAAGAUUUAGACGCCGUUUGGGCUGCACAAGCUGGGAAACACGAAGCGAUCGUGAAAAAUGUUCACGACUUGUUGGCCAAACUCGCUUGGGAUUUCAGUCCUGAACAACUCGAUCACUUAUUCGAAUGUUUCCAGAUGAAUUGGAAAACAGCCAAUAAAAAGCAACGAGAAAAAUUAUUGGAAUUAAUUCGAAGACUAGCAGAAGAUGAUAAAGAUGGUGUAAUGGCACACAAGGUGUUAACUCUGUUCUGGAACUUGGCUCAUUCCGAUGAGGUACCCACAGAAAUUAUGGAUCAAGCGCUAAACGCUCACGUGAAAAUUCUCGAUUACUCGUGUUCACAAGAAAGGGACGCUCAGAAAACAAUUUGGCUAGACAAAUGCGUGGAAGAGUUAAAGAACGGAGAUAAGUGGGCUCUUCCUGCUUUGAAACAGAUUCGGGAAAUAUGCUGCCUUUACGAACCAAAUCCUAAUAUAUCAUGUCCUCAACGAAAUCAUCAUUAUAGACAAGAUGUCAUAGAACGACUUCAAACUGAACAUUCUGCGGUGAUUCUCGUGACGAACAGUUUAACGAACUAUAUGGAUAAAAUGCGACAAUUGGUUAAAGAAAAUCCAGACAUUGACCCGAAUACCUACAUGCACGACGGCCGUUAUAAUCACAUUAUGCAAGUACAGGAGAGACUUAAUUUCCUACGCUUCUUGUUGAAGGACGGCCAGCUGUGGUUGUGCGCAGAUCAAGCCGAGCAAAUUUGGCAGUGUUUAGCGGAACAAGGUGUGUUCGUUUCCGAUCGCGAGGCGUGCUUCAAGUGGUUUUCCAAAUUGAUGGGAGACGAGCCAGAUCUUGAUCCAGCAAUAAACAAGGACUUUUUCCAAAAUAAUAUAUUGCAAUUAGAUCCGACGUUACUCACGGAAAGCGGUAUUAAAUGUUACGAGAGAUUCUUUAAAGCCGUUAACUCGAAGGAAGGAAAAUUGAAAAUGAAAAGAAGAACAUUUCUCAUGGAUGACGUUGACCUAAUUGGUACAGAUUAUUUGUGGAGAGUAGUGACCAAUAGUCCCGAAGAAAUUGCGAAUCGAGCUAUAGAAUUGUUGAAGGAAGUAAACACUAAUUUAGGCCCACGACUUCAGUCGUCGGUCUUUGCGUUUCACGUGACGUACAUAGGAGAAUGCAUGGACCGAUUGAAGGCGCAUUACGAUACUGUGUCUGUCUUAAGCAAGGUAUAUCUUGAGGGGAAGGAAGAACGUGAAGAACAGAUGUCAAAUAAGAUUAAAAUCGAAGCUAUGAAGAUGUGUCGCGUUAUGAAGGUGUUACAAGAAUACAUAAACGAGUGUGAUACCGCAUUUCCAGGCGAACGGAAAAUAUUACCGCUGCACAGUUCUCUAUAUGAUUACAGAGCAGCUCGUGGGAAGCACUUGUCCCUCAUUAUUCGAUUCGCGAAUCCUGGCAAUGUGGACGAUAUCGAAAUAUUUACACAUAGUAACGACACACUGGGAUCAUUAAGACGACAAAUAUUACGCAGAAUUAAGACCAACAGAUCAAACGUAAAACUGGACUUAUUUCUUAACGGAGAACUCCUGGAGCCAGCAGAUGAUAGAAAACUUCUCUCUCAAAGUCCAUUAAGAGACAAAAUGUUGUUGUCUGCGAAACUAAGCCAGGUAAAUAGCAACUUGCCAAGCUCACCGGAUAGCAGUUCGGAUAGUUCUACUAGUUCUCCACACCAUCCAUACGAUGGGCUAAACGUAGAAGCAGAAAAUAGUUUACCAGGCGUGGUGAUAUCACAAAAGUCGCAGUACGCUACAUUCUUCUUUCAAUUAGCGGACCUUGGAUGCACUCUUCAACACGCGCAAUUACGCGACGGUGCAAGGAAUCUAUUACAACUGGUGCCACCAGACACUCUCACUGUAUCACGAUUACAGUCGUUAUUCGGCCACUGUAAAGACGACGAAAAUUUAGAUAAUGCUCUUUGUAAUGAACAAAAUACUACAGUAGAUUCUUUAUUUUUUACCGCAAGUUCUAGCCAAGUUUUAUACAAUUUAGAGGUUUUAUAUAGUUUAUUAAUGCCAGCUUUGGAUCCAAUGUCGGAAAGAGCGUUUGAGUUCCAAUGCAAUUUCAUAAAGAGCGGCGAAGCUGGCGUUAUCCUCGAAAUGUUAACUAAAAACAAAUUUUUACCAAAUGCGGAUGAAACUACGAAACGAGCAGCGUAUCUAACGGUGUUGAAACUGUGUAAACUACUGCUAACGAUAGUGGGCAACGUGAUGGCUUGCGUGAUGGACGAAGUGCAGCAAGCCGGAAUUUCGGAGAACCAUGAUAAUCAUGCUCACAACAAUCGGGGCCCGAUAGCGGUUUUGAAGCAAGCUUUACAAAGCGUACCUAAUCAGAACACCGAGUACAUGUUGAGAAACGUGGCGGCGAAAUUGGCUCAGCAUUUAGCGCGUCGGAUGCUGUGCGGUUUAACAGAGUCCGAUAAAUGUCGACAGCUUUUUAUGCAGGCUCUUUCUUGGGAGCUACCGGACGUAGCUACUAUUCGUGCCAUAAUUAGGCUAGCAUGGGCGGCAUCCACGGGCAAUCUGAACAAUAUUAACGUGUCCGCCGAGACGCUUCAUACUCUCCACGAAACGAACGAAAAGGAAACAGUAAACCCUGACAAUAACGACGUGUUAGUAUGUAAAGAAGCAUUAGAAGUUUUGACAAUCGCCUUGGUACUGAACCCGACCGCGCUAGAAUCGUUGUCAAGGGAUAAGAUGUGGCAUACGUUUUUGAUAGACCUCGUGCUCCUCAGCACGUCGAGAGUGGUCAGAAUGGCUGCGGCUGAACAGUUUUUUCUUAUAUCAACAUGGUACAGUAGCGGUCAUCAGCCGUUACUGUUUGCGAUAACGCUGCUCUUCACCGUUUUGAACACCACCGUUAUGGACCACGCGAAACAAAGCCAUGAGUACUUUCAGCUUUUGUGUAGACUGCUAAACUUCGCGCAUAUGUCGGGAUGCCCCUUGUUAACGGCCGAGACGUUACUGAACAUUGAGAUAGCGUGGCUGAAGAAAGUGCGCGCCAACGUUAAAGAGACGGGAGAGAGUCAAGUCGACGAGGCCGUCCUUGAAGGUCACCUCAGCCUCACUAAGGAGCUGCUCGCCUUUUUGCCUCCUAGUAAAAAAUACGAACUCGGAUCCGACGAGAAACAGGGCACGAAUUUGAUCAAAGAGCUGGUCGAGGACUUCGUGUUCCCAGCGUCGCGUCUCAUGCUGCAGCUUCGUAGCAUUGGAGAGUUGAGCGCUUCGCAGGCGUGCCCAGUGUGCACGACGCCGCAGUCGACUAGCGCGGCCUUUGAUUUACUCGUUGGUCUAUGCGUAGGCUGUGUACCUAACAUGAAACUUCUAGUCACAAUGCUCACUGAUAUGUUCUAUUCUGAAAGAGACGAACCGCUAGUGGAAUGGGAUUACUUGCCGCCGGUCGGACUCAGACCUUUGAAAGGUUUCGUGGGUUUGAAAAACGCUGGCGCGACUUGUUACAUGAAUUCAGUAUUACAACAAUUGUACAUGGUCGAGAGUAUAAGGGUCGGGCUUCUCGCGGCUGAAGGUGCUGCGACCGACUUGAACGAGGAUUUCUCUGGCGAAGAGAGGAUCGAGGGGGAACAAACGAUAGAGGCAAAUGAUAACGACACGAACGAAGAGAAAUGCGGCGCUGAUGAAUCGCGGAAGGAAUACAACAUCGGUAUUUUGAAACAAGUCCAAGCGAUCUUCGGGCAUCUAGCGUACAGCAAAUUACAAUAUUAUAUACCUAGAGGACUUUGGAAACAUUUCAAACUUCAAGGUGAACCUGUAAAUCUUAGAGAACAGCAAGACGCGGUAGAAUUUUUCAUGAGCCUGGUGGAAAGUUUAGACGAGGCAUUGAAAGCCUUGGGACAUGAACAGAUAAUGAGCAAGAUUCUCGGUGGUUCAUACAGUGACCAGAAAAUCUGCAAAGGUUGCCCUCAUAGAUAUUCCAAGGAGGAGCCGUUCAGUCUGAUAAGCGUGGAUAUCAGGAAUCACAGUAAUUUACUGGACUCCCUUGAACAGUACGUGAAAGGUGAAUUACUCGAAGGCGCAGACGCUUAUCACUGCGACAAAUGUAACAAAAAGGUCGUGACGGUGAAACGGUUGUGCGUGAAGAAAUUGCCGCCCGUUUUAGCGAUACAGUUGAAACGCUUCGAAUACGAUUACGAAAGAGUUUGCGCCAUAAAGUUCAACGACUACUUCGAAUUCCCAAGGGACUUGGACAUGGAACCUUAUACUGUUUCCGGGCUUGCUAAGCUGGAGGGAGAAGUUAUAGACUGUGAUUACGAGGAGGCAGUGAAAGGAACUUGUACUAAAUAUCAAUUAACUGGCAUUGUGGUACAUAGCGGUCAGGCUAGCGGUGGCCACUAUUAUUCGUAUAUUUUGCAUAGACAAACUGAUGGUACUGCUAAGUGGUACAAGUUCGACGACGGCGAUGUUACGGAAUGUAAAAUGGAGGAGGAGGAAGAAAUGAAAUCUCAGUGUUUCGGCGGUGACUAUCUAGGAGAAGUGUUUGAUCACAUGCUUAAAAGGAUGAGCUACCGGAAGCAGAAGCGAUGGUGGAACGCUUAUAUGUUGUUUUAUACCAGAUUAGAUGUAGAAGAAAAUUCUCUGAUGAAAAGCGUGAACGAAUUGUCACUGUAUACGAAACUUGGAGUCAUGAAGAUGCCUCCGGCUAUUGAAUAUAGCGUCAGGAAACAGAAUAUUAAGUUCAUGCACAAUCGGAACCAGUUCAGCGCGGAAUAUUUUCAGUUUAUCAAAAAACUCGUGUCUUGCAAUCCUCAUAACAUUAAUAGACAAAAUAUAAGCGAGAAACUCAGUCCCGAGCAGGAAGAGCUUGCGAUGCUUUCCGUACAGCUAGCAUCAAGAUUUCUGUUUUACACAGGUUUCCACACUAAAAAGACUCUGCGCGGUAAUGCGACCGACUGGUACGAUAUUGUCUGUCACCAUCUGCGCAGCAGUAAAUCAGUGCGAUCCUGGUUUGCUCACAAUGUCCUAUUCAAUCAUCCACAUAGAUUUUGCGAGUACCUUUUGAGCUGUCCCAGUACAGAAGUUCGAACAGCUUUUCUCAAAAUUUUGGUAUUUCUUGCACACGUUUCCCUUCAAGACGGUCCAUGCGUGCCACCUAGUCUGAACGCACCAUCCAUACUUCUGGAUCCAGCAGCUACACUUAGCGAUCAUUUACUGCACGCCGUUCUCUCUUUACUCCAUCGUGAAAUCUCGGAUCAUGGUCGUCACCUACCGCAUUAUUUCUCUCUGUUUCAUACGUAUGCAUCGCUUGGGCUUGCUGAAAAGGCUCAAUUGCUUAAGUUAAAUGUUCCGGUUACAUUUAUGCUGGUUGCGAUCGACGAAGGGCCCGGUCCAACAAUUAAAUACCAAUAUCCCGAGCUAACUAAACUGCAUCAAGUAGUUAGCAUGUUAAUACGCUGCUGCGACGUUUCAUCGAAAGCGCAUUCGAGUCAUGCACAGUCGGGAAUAGCGCCGUUACCGAACCCAUACGGUGACCCGGCUUGCCAGAACGAGUAUCUGAUUCCUAUUCAACCGCAGGCGGCGGAUAUUCUUUUUGUUAAAAACAGUUAUAUGAAAAAACUGAUUGAGGACGCGGACGUAAAUGUCACCGAAGACACUGUGAAAUUGCUGCAAUACUGCUGUUGGGAGAAUCCGCACGCGUCGCGGACCGUCCUCAGCGAAUUGUUGUGGCAAAUCGGAUUUUCCUUCGCUCACGAGAUAAAACACCACACGGACCUACUGCUCGCUAUACUCCUUAUGGAGGAUUCCUGGCAGACUCAUCGUGUUCACAACGCGCUCAAAGGUGUACCAGAUGAGAGGGAGGGCUUAUUCGAGAUAAUACAAAGAAGUAAACAUCAUUACCAGAAGAGGGGCUAUCAAUGUAUCAAAUGCAUGGUGCAGCUUUUCAGUAAGUGCAGACCCGCGCAUCAACUUUUGCAUCACAGCUCUGAACUAAAGAGGAAAUGGAUACACGCUACCGAGUGGCUUCACGAAGAACUUGACAAGAGACCGUAUGCCUCUGCGGCGCCGUAUACUCAUGCUUACAAUAACUGGUCUCCACCCGCUCAAUCCAACGAUUCCGCAAACGGUUAUGUCUUGGAGCGCAGUAACAGCGCGAAGAAAACGCUGGAGAGAGCGUGUGAACUUUGCCCGGACGAGGAACAGGAAGUGGAGGAUACAAGCGAGGAUUGCUCGGAGGAAACGGAAAAGUACCAGCCACAAAACCGAGAAAUUCUACGAUCUAGACGUAGUUUAGUAUGGGGAUGCAUAGGUUAUCCUGACGUCACCGUAUUACAACAAAUGCACGAUGAACAACAAGCUCAGCCGCGACCGUCUCCGGUUCACACCCCCCUCUGGACUCAAUCCUCGGUCAUACUUCCCAUACCUCCAGCUCAUCAGAUGCAUAGUCCACAGAACUGUGAGUCGUCGCAAAACACCAGUCAGGAUCCAGGUUCUACCAAUUUGCUGCCUCGGUGAAACCGUUUCAAGGUAUUUAGACGUUACUGCGCCAGCAGCUUGGUGCCGAACGAUAGAGGCAUCUGUACAGAUAUAACUCGCAGAAUUUGUUCUCUUUCGCGGAAGAAGAAAAAAAUAAGGAACUGUAUUGAGAAACUUGCAUUUGCAGUCUGUCAGUUUUACCUGUGGGCAGUUACUUUUCACGAAAACGAGAUAACGAUGAGGUAAAAGAGAAAAAAAUAGACGUUUGCACCAUUAAGAAAAAUAAAAAAAUAACAAAAAAAAAUAACAAAAAGAACGAUGUUAGAAAGAGAGCAGGCGGUUAAUACUACAUAAGGACUAGAAUUUCUACGUAUUGGUUGAGGCAACUAAUUUCUCAUCGUGGCGUGAUUUUUUUUCUUGCUCCUAACGUUCGCGUAUCUCUUUUUUUGCAUUCGUCUAAUCAUUUUUCGCUUUUGAAUAUUUGCGGAGAUAAACGAAGGGACGUUUCGGUAGAAGGAAAAAUCUUCCGACGAGACGGGCGUGCAGGUAAUGAUUUAAUAAUGAAUUUUAUUUGCCUCGAUUAAUGCAUAUGAAUUCAAGCGUAGAAAUACGAUAAGAUUGUAUAAAUGUAUAGCGAAUAGUGUUAUGGAAUCCCAUCUCUGCCGAAUAGAAAACAAAGGUAUGAAAAAAAAGAACAUAACUUUCCGUAUAUCUAUGUAAAUUUGUUACUAAUAAAAAGUUCAAAAAAAUGAUACUUUCUAACGACCGAGAAAAUGGGGAUGAAAGAAGAAUAAAAGGUACAGUAAUUUCCAAUUACAAUCGCAAGGAGCAGAGUUAACGAAUCAGAAAAAAGAAAUGCAGCUAUCGAUAUUUCACUCUUUCAGUCUUUCAAGACCAGUCGAACGAAAAUUUUUCUUGUACUUAAUCUCGAGCAUCAAAAAAAGGAGAAAAAAUAUGACAAAAGGAGGAAGGAGAAUAUGGAAGGAAAGUCACUUCUCUAGUGCAGCGAUUUCGCGCUGCUUAAGAAUUUAAGACGUACACCAAUGAUGCCUCCCAUUGUGCUUUCUUUCAGUUCAAUCAAUUUGAGAAAGAGAGUUGUGCCUUGGAUAUCGUGCGACUCCGUAUUCGUAUUCUUAAGUGGAGAGUGUUUUUAGGAUCGAGUUAUUGCUUCAAGUUUUCAUUGCUUAUAUUUUUGUCUGUUACGUUUCCCGACUAUUUAUAAGAAAUUAUAAUGGAACAAUUCGAGAUUUAAGUACGCGACGCAGCUGACUGUUAAAAAACAAAUUACACUGAUGAGAACGACAUGCGUAUGACACCUCCCAAUCGAAUCGACGUAAAAUAACGUGGAAGGUCGAUCCGUCUUUGUUUUUAAGUCUAAGGAGUCGCGGCGCCGCGCGGGGAAGGAAGUAAUAAAAGCCUUGUCCGAAAUCCAAAUUUUUAUAAAGCGAGGAAGUAUGAAAAAUGGAAUUGAAGAAAGCGUGACGGUAGCGACACAGGAGAGUAUGGGAGGAAUAUUAAAAGGAGGAAAAAAAGAAACAAAGAAGAUGAAUUACUAAUUUGUAUCGUUUUAAGGUACGAUCGAUCGUUAAGAGAAAAGAGCUGUGGUCUUUUCGCAGUAUUGUGUAAAGCAAUUUUUAGUUCCCGGUAGAUAAGAGAGAGAAUGUUAUGUGUACUGCUUGUGUAACUGUUCGGCACUCAACGUCGGGUAUUAAACGCGUAUAAAACGAAGGGAGACGAGAACAAUGAUGCGACUGCGAUCCUUUGAACUUAUGAACUGGCCAUAGCUCUGACUUAUUAAUAUAACAUGUGUUAUAUAGAUAUUAUAUAAAUAAUACUAAAGAGGAGAAAAGAGAAACUAGAGUCACGUGUAAGGAUAUAAAAAAGCGAACCGUGUGUAUACAUAGGAAUUCGUACGCGAUGAGGCAAACCAACGAUCAUGUCAUACCGAUUAAUUGUUCGUAUUUAUCAAAUAUCCACGUUAAACAGUGUACCAAAUUAUAUAAUAGCUAUUAUCGGUUAAAGAAAAAAAAAAGAAGUAAUAAUAAUAAUAAUGGUACCUAAUCUUACUCGGACAUGUACAUACGCAACUGCUUUUUAUAUGUGAUAAAAAUUAUUAUAUUCCUAUUAUA